AUGUCUAAAAGCAAUGUCACGAACAGCUACGAUCAUCUUCCGGAUGACAUCUCGAACGUUAUCCAAGCUAUGACUGUUGUGGUGAUGAUUUUAAGUCUCUUUACCACUCCAUUGGCCGCUUAUUUUUCGGCAAAAAAUGAUCGACUGUCGUGGCCUAUUCGAUUGUUGGCAUGUGCCGAAAAUGUGAACAAAUUCAUCCAAGCGUCUUGCUAUAUUCUAGCCGAACUAUGUAUUCUUCGUCUUCAAUACGAGUGGAUACCUGUGAGAUGUACAAGAAGAGUGACCUUUUCUUUCAACGAUAUUCGUUGGUACAUUGAACAGUACGGGCUAUCGGAUAUCGCUUUGUAUUGUCAAUGUUUGGUUUCAUUGAGGUUGACUCAAAACUCUAUUUUGUUGAGGAAAAUUUCUAUUGUGAAAGCUCGUUUUCAACGUUCAGCUAUGCGAUUGGAG